AGUUAUACUAAAGGAACCGGUUGUUGUGGAUAUGUAUUGGCGAAAUUUUAUUAAGGCAUCCCCUUUUUAUUUUACUCUUGUUUUACUAAUCUAUCUAUAUUUUUUUUUAAUCUCACUCCUCAAAUAAGAGAGGAAAGGGUCUUUUCUUUUCUUUAUUCAUAUCUUAAAUUAACUUGAUUUUCUGUGCAGAUUUUUUUUUCCAAUAAAUAAAUAUCUCUAUUUCAGUGUAAUUUUUCACAUUUUUCUAUGAUUCAUGUAUAAUUUCUAAGAUUAGGCAAAAAUAUGUAGAAGACGGGUACCAUUUUAAUAAUUCAUCUCUUUUCUUCUAGGAUAUGACUUGAAUGAAUAUUAAAAAUUUCCGAUUAAUACGCAUAAAUACGCUUAAAAAGAAGAAAACGGUAGAGACGUCAACCGGUACGUCAACGACGGAGACGACGAUGAUGAUGAUAAACGAAGACGUUGAUGAACAUAAACAACUGAAUAAUAUUCUGUCUCAAAAACUAGAUGAAUUAGAUAACAAGCCUAAGGAAGACGAUGAAGAAUUUGUCGUGGAAGAACAAUUGUCACAAGAGAAUAAUAGUGGAUUAGCAAAGAAAUCUUUAUGGAAAUUUCAAUUCCUAUAUGAAUGGCUAGUGUCUCAAUUUUACGAAUUUUUUGCUGAUUUCUGCGAAGAUCAGGGUGUUGAUGAUAGUCUUGCAAACAGUAAUGAAAAUAAGCAAUUAUCGGUUAAAAAACUGAAAGAAACGAUUAAAAGAUUUAGAACCGACGCUAAACCAAUUUAUGAUUAUAUAAGAUAUUUUCAUUAUUUGAUAACUUGGAAAAAUCCUGCCGUUUCUUUUAUUACACUUUGCGAUAAGGAAGAAACAAAGGAUCUUGGAGUUACUGAUAAAGUACAAUUAGUGUUAAAUAUAGCCACUAAAGUUCAAGUUGGAGUGUCAAAUAUUUCGGACAAUUUAGAAAAAUUAAAAAAAGUACGGCGUAAAUAUGAUUCAACUUAUAAUAUGUGGAUGAAUCUGCCUACUGAUAAUCAGAUAGAAAAUAAACUAAAAGCUGCAGCUAUUAAUAGGAAUGUUUUGUCUGUAAAUGAAGAAGUCACCGAGGCAAACUUGGAUACGAGUCACGUGGCUUUCUGCCAAGUUUUCUCUUUACCUUCAACGGAAAAGCCUUUACCAGGGUGGAUUCACGGGAGGAGGUGCACAAAAAUUAGUAGAGAUAAACCGCUUACGUCAGCUUUUAAAAAUGGAAAAUUAUAUCUUACAAACAGUUUUAUAUGUUUCGAACGAAAUAAGGCUCAUAGUUCAAAAAAUCUCCUCAUUCCAAUUAUCAACGUUCAAAAUGUUGCUAAAGCCAAAUACAAUAGCUGGUUUCCUGGAAAUGGAAUGGCAAUUGAAAUUCAGACCGAAACUGAAGAUCAGCCGUUGCUCUUUGGAGCCAUUAUAAAUCGAGACGAGUGUUACGAAAGUAUUCUUAAUCAUGCUCUCAUACGUCAACUUCCCUGGGCUAUUGAACUACAAAAUUCACAGCCGAUGAAUAAUUCCGCUCAAAAUUCGCCAUGCCUAAGAAAGAGAAGGCAAGAAAAUCAUGAAAUUGAAGAAGAGAAACAUUUAGUUAAAUAA